CCAACAUUACAUAAAUACUCAUACCAGUAUUAUGAGUCCAUUCUAUCUUUUAGUAGGAAGAAGAAGAAAAAAUAAUUCGCGAAUCAGAUGUCACGCAGAUGCGUGACGUAGUUUGUUCAGUGUUCAGCGAGCUAAGAAAGAACAUGGCGACUGACGAGGAUUCGGAAGAUUAUUUUGUUCGAGAAAUAGAGAAAAAUGACGGCUCUGUUUUAAGAAUGUAUCAGUGCAGCAAAGGGGACGUGGGCUGUGUAGUAUGGGACGCUGCUAUUGUCCUGUCAAAAUACCUCGAAACGGAACAAUUUUGCUGUGUUCAGUCUGGUGUUAGUACGUGGUCCUCGAAGAACAUUAUUGAACUGGGCGCAGGAACAGGACUCGUGGGUCUCGUGGCUGCAACUCUGGGGGGAGGAAAUGUCGAAGAAUUUCUACCUCCUCCUCAUUAUAUUCUGAUGGCUGAUUGUAUCUACUAUGAGCAGUCUGUGGAGCCACUGGUGGAGACUCUGAAACUCUUGGCUGGACCAGAGACGUGUAUCAUCUGUUGCUAUGAGCAACGCACUGUUGGUGUAAAUCCUGAAAUAGAAAAGAGAUUCUUUGAGCUACUUCUGCAAGAAUUCCAGUCAGAGGAGAUCCCAUCUGAGAAACAAGACCCUGAGUUCAACAGUCCUGACAUUCGCAUUCUCCACCUGCGACGAAGAGUCGACUGAAUGGCUUUAUUUGCUCUUCUGUUUGAAAUGGCGAGGAUGGGUUGUGUGUGUUUGUGUUUCAAUGGACUGUGGUGUUGUUGGUCAGAUGUUUGACACUGAACCAUAUGAAUACAAACUGUUUUUAAGUGCUUAUUAUGUGGUAUGGGAGGUCGGCCUUAAUGUGAGCUUAUGUGUCUUUGCAGACAAACAG